CUUCUACGAUGUCUUUUCCUGACAGGGAAGAAAUUUGUGUAUGUCGAGCCGCCUAAGAGAGUGAAGGAGAUCCUGGAGGAAGAGCUUUAUUUUCAGAGAGACGAAUGUCAAAUUAAACAGCCGGCCGCAGUGGCUCUGGAAGGCAUUUGGAGCGUGAAAAGAAAUUUAUCUAUGGAAGGCCUGAAGCCAGCAUCACAGAACAGGAACAGUUUACUUUCACAACCUAAGUACUACUCCAGGCACGGAGGAAUAAGAAGGUGAAAAGCAGCAUCUCCCUUUACAGAGGACCCCCGGCAAAGGGCAGAUGCACCUGUGUGUUACCAAAACUACAACAAUCAUUUUUUUGCAGCAAACUCCAAGUACCACCGGCUAGAAUAUGUAUAAUCUUUUGUAAAAUAAAAUGCUAGAUCUGUCUCUUGGCACCUAAUCAGCUGUAGUACCAGAGCAUUGCAACUAAAAGAGGUUGGAUAUACAAAGACUUGCCCUGUCUUUGUAUAGACAGCAUGAACAGAUCAUCCCCUCAGGUUUAUUUACAGUUUUUAACCUCAAUUUGAAAUAUCAGGCAAGUGGUAUUUUACUAAGGCCUUUCCUAAAUACAAAAUUUGUAUCAGAGUGGUACAUGCCCCCUCAUGCGGAUGAAGUAACAAAGACAUAAAAGUGCUUAAUCCAUUUACAGCUAUUCCACUUUAUACUUAAAAGUGGUACAAAGCAGCUUUAUACACACUGAACUGCUGUAAUGAUUUCAGUUUUAAAAAAUUCCUUGUAAACUAGGCCUACCCUUUAAAAACAGGCAUUUUACUUAGGUGCCUAAUACAGAUUUAAAUGCCCAACUUUAGGCACUCAUGUCAGGACACUCUGACCUGUGUUUUUUUCCUUUUGGAGCAAUACGCACCUUUGGAUUCUUGGAGCUGCUGCUACAGAAGCAGGUAGUAUUUCUCCUCUUUGUAGCUGCUGUGAUCCUGGCUGUGUCUCAGCAAAACUUGGAGGUAACAUGAGAGCCAAGAGGGAAAAUAAGAGAAAAAGCCAGCAGCAAUCUGGCUUCAACUUGCUUGCUCACCAACCCAUCCCCCUACUUGCAUAGAGUACCAUUUCACCUAAGAAUCGCUGGGGGAGAAAGAGAUACUGAUGAGAUCCUGCUGUGGAAGAGGGAGGAACUGGACACCUGCCUGGAAAACAGCAAAGAAGGGGUUGCUGGGAGGGGAGGAGUCUGCAGAGUUUAGUGGAGGACAGACUUCUAAGGAAAAGAGAGAAGUGACAGGAGAUGGGAAACUAAAAGGGUAAGAAGAAAAGCAGGGAUCCUGGGAAUGCAAAGAAUUUUUUGAGGAAGAGAGGACAUGGGGACAGAAGAGAACUGUAUAGGGACCAUUUAAUGCCAGGAAGGAUGAAGAGAAGACAAGAAAGCUAGAGAGAAAAAAGCAGAAGAGGAAUAAGGGAACAGAAAGAACUUAUGUUAUAUUGACUUUCCCUUAAAUCCAUCCUAGACAUUAACUUUACAAAAUGACCGAAGGAGGCCUGUCUUUUUGGGUGCCUAUAUCGAGCAACCUACUUUUCACAAAGUGCUUAGCACCUGCCUUUGAAAAAUCUGGGCCUUUUGAGUUGUCUCAUGAUGGACACCCAAAAUCAUUAGUCCUUUUUGAAAGUAUAGAGCUCCACUUACAUAUUUUUUAGGAAAGUGACGGGGUCUUCAUUUUGCUGAAGUUCUUUCAUAUCACUGUGUUUCUUAGUUAUCAGAUGCUAUUAAAAUAUUCAUCUCCACAUCAGAAGGAAACUUGCAUGCAUCUUUGCCAGCAAAUUAGUUAGGAACUUAACAAUACAAGAUGUGCUAUCCACGUAUAAACAGUGAAUUGUGUAGUUACUACUGGUAUUUUGGUCCUGUUUUACUGUAAAGUGACAUUAGGUGUCUGUGCAAAAUUGUAAAACAAUGGAAAAAUGCUUUAAAAUCUGUGAGACUAGACCCUUGCAUUGAUGGCAGCAGUUUUUAGGCCCAGUCCUAAGAGUUUGUGAAUCAGCAUCAAUCCUAAUUUAAUAAAAGUGGAACAUCAAAAAA